AUGUUAUUUGUUGUUGUUAUAUUAGUCCAUGUACUAGUAGAAGUAGUAGCUAUAAAUGAUACUUAUAAUAAUCAUAUAUCUUUUGAUGGAUACCAAAAUGAGUGUUAUGGUAUUCAAAUUUCAUAUCCAUUUGGCAUAGAAAAUUCAUAUACCAGUGCUACCUGUUUCUUAGAAGAAUCCUUUAAACUUACUUGCAACAGUACUAUUUCCAGUUUAAUAUGGGACAAUAAGCCAGCUAUAACCAUAAACGUCUCCCAAGGACAAGUAGAUAUAUUGACUUCUGCCAUCAAAAUUCGUUAUGAUAGUAGCUAUGGUAAUUCCAUUAGUUUUAGCUCUUCCAGCACAAUCACAACUAGUCUUUCUUUCAUCAUUUCAAGCAAAGACAACCAAUUCAUAGGUGUUAGCUGCAGUACUUACGGCUAUUUUACUAUCUACAGCAACACCAGCGGUUAUAUAAUGGGGUGCGUAACAAAAUGUCAUAACAUGAGUAUGAAAAUCGAUGACAGACAUUGUCCCGACAACAGGUGCUGUGAGCUGGAUAUUCCUACUGAAACGGUCACAAUUCAAGUAGUGACCUAUUUUUACUGUGACUAUUCCGUUGUCGUCAAGAAUGACAACUACACGUUUUCGAAGGACCACUUCGAGAAUCUACCAUUUAAGAGGCUCCUUGCGGUGUUCGAUUGGAGUGUUGGAAACAAGACAUGUGAAGAAUCUCGGAGCAGAGAUACCAUCGCUUCACCUACUUCUCUCAUUCCUCCUAUUACACUAGCUGCAAAUACACCAUCAGCCUCACAACAAUCUUACACCUUACCUUCUAGAUAG